GGCCAAUACACCGGAAGCACGUUUUCAGAAAUGGCUGACAAUAACAAGGAGGACCAUGUGGAUGAUGAAAUGUUUGAUGAUGACGACGAAAUGGAAGACAUCGAGGAGGAAGGAGAGGACGAAGAAGAUGAAGAAAUGGGAGAAGAAUCAGGAGAGGCUAAAGUUUAUCUUCCUGGAGACCCGAUAGCCGAGGGGGAGGAGUUGGUGUUUGAUGAAACUGCCUACGUUAUGUAUCAUCAAGCUCAAACUGGGGCACCCUGCUUGAGUUUUGACAUUCUAUCAGAUACACUUGGUGACAAGAGAGAGGAGUUUCCACUUACCUGUUAUGGUGUUUGUGGGACACAGAGUGCAAAAGGACAGCAAAACCAUGUAAUUGUAUUAAAGAUGAGUAACUUAAAUCGUACCUCAAAACCCAAAUCUGAUGAAAAUGAGGAGGAGGACAGUGACUCUGAGAGUGAUGAGGAUGAAGACAGCAAACCUGAAUUAGAAACAGCUCUAGUUAAACACACAGGAUGUAUCAACAGAAUCAGGGCAACAACCAUAGGAGAUAAGAAAAUAGCAGCAACAUGGUCUGAGAAAGGGAGAGUACACAUCUGGGAUCUGACACGCCCCCUAAAUGCUGUGAAUGACUCCAACAUCAUGUCUACAUAUGUAAGAAAUGAGGAGUCACCACCACCAAUGUUCACAUUUAAGGGACAUCAAGUGGAAGGAUUUGCUCUAGACUGGUCUCCAACAACACCAGGUCGUCUAGCAACAGGAGACUGUAACAAAAAUAUUCAUCUCUGGACGUUGAAGGACGGAGGAACCUGGCAUGUUGACCAGCGUCCAUACAAUGCCCACACUUCAUCUGUAGAGGACAUACAAUGGUCACCAAAUGAAGCCAAUGUGUUUGCUUCCUGUUCAGUGGAAAGAACUAUCAGAAUUUGGGAUGCUCGGGCAGCCCCGUCUAAGGCUUGUAUGAUCACAGCCACAGAGGCCCAUGACAGGGAUAUCAAUGUCAUUCACUGGAACAGAAAGGACCCCUUCAUAGCCUCUGGAGGAGAUGAUGGGGUUAUCAAGAUCUGGGAUCUGAGGCAGUUUCAGAAAGGAAAGCCAGCAGCUACCUUCAAACACCACACGGCUCCCAUCACGUCCAUUGAGUGGAACCCUAAUGACAGUUCUGUGUUUGCAGCCUCUGGUUCAGAUGACCAGAUCUCCAUCUGGGACUUAGCUGUUGAAAAAGACAAUAGUGAACCCAGCUCUACUAGUGGGGAGGAUCCAAAUGUUCCACCUCAGUUACUGUUUAUACACCAGGGACAGACAGACAUUAAGGAGAUUCACUGGCACCCUCAGUUACCUGGGGUUAUCAUCAGCACUGCUCACAGUGGAUUCAAUGUGUUUAGGACUAUCAGUGUGUGAAUACUAACUAUACUAAUUCUGCUACAUGAAAAGAAAUUGUAGGCUUCAUCUUUAGUUUUGUAAUUAUUUUUUUUUAAAUGUACCGUAGGUACCUUUUUUCAUAAUUUUGAAAAUGUUCUGUUUUACUACUCUAAUAUUUUUUUCUUGCUUAAGACUUUGAAUUCUGAACAGUAAAGGACUUCAUAAUAUUAAAGAGAAUAACCAUUUCGUGUUCAAAAACAUGGUAUAAUUUGUGUAUAGUGUUUUAAUGAUGCCAAACUGAAUGCAUAUGCAUGUACAUGUACCAUUAUAUGUAAAUGUAUAUAAUAUUUGGAUACUGUAGAUCAAAUUUUCGCAAAAUCUUGAUUUUUGCAACAUAGUUACAUCUAUUUGAUAUUUAUAAUCCAAAUGAAAAAAUAAAAAGUUUUGGUAAUUGUUGUACAUGUAUAUGAUCAAAAAUUAUACAAAUAUACACAAGAAUGACAUUUUUACAAGAAGCACAUUUAGCAAAAAUAAAGCUCUUGCAAAUGAAAAUAGAUUUACAGUAUCCUUCUUCAUAGUACUAUUUGGUCCAUGUUUUUUAUAGCUUCAUUAUAACUCCCCUAGUCAAAAUUUCCCACAGCUUUUGUCCUUUAUUUAAAGAAAGGUUUUAAAUGAUACAAUAUACUUUCAGAAAGUAUAAAGUUGGGUAUUGAAUGACCACCUUUAAUGUAUUUUGGUUGAUGUAUCAAAAAAGGCUGACAAUAGCAAUAAAUCUCUACAUGUUUUAUUA